CGAUAAUAGAGUGAAAUUAAAAUUACAGUAUAUUUCAACGAUUUCUCUUUUUGCUAUCUUAUAAGCACAUAUAUGAAACCAAAAUCAAUUGUAUGAUUUAGUUAUGGAUACUACAGAGGUGCCGAGUGAAGAACAAGAUUCCAAUGAAAAAUCACCAGAUGUUGAUGAAAGUCCAAUGGAAGUAGACAAUAUUGAGGGCCAAGAUAUAAAAGAUUCAAUCACUGAUAAGCCCCAGGCAGAGACAGAGAAUGACUCGUCCAACGAGCCAGCCAUAUUUGAGGACAAGAAAGAUGCUAUCGUUGACAAGACAAAUGAAACAAGAAAAGAUGCAAAUGAGAAUGCUUCAGUUAAGACUAACAAAGAGUUAGAUAGGCCAGUGAAAAAUGAUAAACUGGAUAUAUUUCAAAUUGACGAGUGUGUUGAAUCUGAUGAAAAAUCAGUUCAUAAGGAGACGGAUAAUGCUGAUGAUACCAACAAUGCAAGUGAAAACGAUGCUGAACCAAUAGACAUCCUGUCUGUGAUUGAUGAAGUGGAACAAGAGCAAAAAUCUAACUUGUCUGAAGAAGACACUUCCAGCCAAAGAGUAAAACACCCCACAGAAGAUGAAAGUAUCUCAGCCAAAAUUUCAAAACCAGAUGACCCCAAUAUCCAGGGUCACAUAACAGACUCUGAUGAAGAAGAAACCAAAAAUCCAAAACAAGUGAUCCCACCAAAGAAAGAGGAACCUCCUGUAAAGCUUAUCGAGAAGGCGAUAAAUGACUUCCUAGCCAGCCAGAUCCACAUAGAGGAGGAUGAUCAAUACUCUUGUGGGAGUAGCUUCUUUGGAUCUGAUAUUGAUGAUGAUAUUGUGAAUGAUGAGAAAAAGAUAGAUGGCACUAAGGUUCCUGAGGAAGAGCCCCUGCCUCCAGGUACAGAAAACGAUGAUAAACAAAAAGAAGAAGAGGAUAAGACCAUUGAGGAUCUUGGGAUUGUGAUACCUCCUGUGGAGCCUGUGGUGAAUAGUCCUAAGUCGAGAAGUGCAAUUGGAAAGGUGGAUGAUGAUGUUUUAGGUUUACAACAGGCUGCCUUGGAUGAAAUUGAAAAAGAGGCUAGAGUUGCUGCAGAACGGGCCGAACAACUUGGAGCUGCCGCCUUUGACAAAGCACCAAAAAUAAAUAAAAUAUUUGCCAACAAUCUAUUGGCAAGCACUUUACGUCGACCAUUGACGAAGGAAGAAAUAAGACAUGGCACACGUCGUCGUGACGACAAGGGCUUUCAUAAGCCAAAUAUUGUUGAUCGGAAAACUCUGUCUGACUUCUCGGUGUCAGCUGCGAGGAAACGAUACGUCGUUGAGCUUCAGAUGGAUAAAACUAUCGCUGAGUAUUCAGAUUUGAUAGACAAAGAAUCUUCAAAAUUAGCUGGAAUUAAAGACUCUAAAGACUCCAAAGAUGGUGAAAGAAAAGAGGAUAAUUACAAUGACAGAGAUGAUAAUUAUGGUGGUUAUUAUAGGGGGUCUUAUCGUGGGAGAGGUUAUGACUCGUAUGAAAGGCGGCCUUAUAGAGGACGUGGUAGGGGACGGUAUAACAACCAGUGGCGCCCUCCAUUUAGAGGACGCUUCCCUGUUUUUCAUAGAGGACGUUCUAAGGAUGAUUUCCGUGCUAUGUUACGUGAAAAAUGGCUGAAUUCAAGAACGCAGCAUUCAGAUGAUAGAUAUUAUCACACUAAAGAACGUAACAAAAUUCGGAAAGAAAAACGAUCGAAAAAGAAGCAUAAAAAACAUAAGAAAUCUAAACAGAAAUAUGACGAUGAUAAUGUGUCAUUAGAAUCUGGUGAGAUUGAAGGCUCACUAGACUCAGACUUAGAUAGCUUACAAUCGUUACUUACAGCCUCUAGUGAUCUCUCUGAUGGCCCAAAGUUUUCCAAAAAGAAGAAGAAAAAAUCCAAGAAAAAGCGAAAACGUAAGCGAAAGCUAAGUAUUGAUUCAAGUGACAUUACAAUUAGUGAUGUUGCGAUCUCAGAAAUUGACAGUGAAGUACUUUUUGACAGUGAUGUAGAAAAACUCCUUGAAUCAGAUGACGAUCAAAACUUGUCUGAUUUUGAGGAAAAAAUUAAAUCCAAAAUAAGGGAAAAGAAAAUCAAGGCAAAGAAAAGGGAAAGAAAAAAAGAAAGAAGAGCCGUAAGGGAAAAGAAAAGGGAGCGUGAAUUUAGAAGUUUUUCAAGUGGCAGUCUGAACAGCAUACAUAGUGUAUCAUCAGUUGACAGUUAUGGAUCACACCACUACAAACGUUCACGAUCACCGUCAUUUGAUCGUUCUAGACCUUUGGAGAGAUAUGAAACCUGGUCGCCUCGACAUGGGUCAAGGUCACCUCAUCAUGGGUCAAGAUCACCGAGGGAUGUUUCACCUGGAAGAGAUAGUGAUGAUCCAUUUAAUACAGAGUGGGAAGAAAUAGCAUACUGGUAUGACUACAUACAAAAUUUCUUCAGCAGACCCCGAGGUCGAGGGCGGUAUAUCAAUAAUCGAAGCAGGGGGCGAUAUAUGAACAGUACAUAUAGGGGACGCCCUUGGAGGGGACGAGGAAGGGGACACGACUCUCCAAGGUGGCAGCAUGAUCGUUUUGAUGACAGGCAGUCAAGAUCACAUAGUCGUCAUGGGUCAAGAAGCUCUUCAAGAUCAAGAGAUCGUAAGUCAAGGUCUAGAAGUCAUCACCGGUCAAGAUCAAGAGACAGAAGGUCAAGGUCAAGAAGUCAUGAUAGGUCAAGAUCAAGAGACAGAAGGUCAAGAUCAAGAAGUUACCAUAGGUCAAGAUCAAGAGACAGAAGGUCAAGAUCAAGAAGUCAUGAUAGGUCAAGAUCAAGAGAAAAAAGGUCUAGAUCAAGAAGUUACUAUAGAUCAAGAGGCAGAAGAUCAAGGUCAAGAAGUCACCAUAGGUCAAGAUCAAGAGACAGAAGGUCAAGCUCAAGAAGUCGUAAAAGGUCAAGGUCAAGAGAUAGAAGGUCAACAUCAAAAGAUCAUCAGAGGUCAAGGUCGGGAGACAGGAGGUCAAGCUCAAGAGACCACAAGUCAAGGCCAGAAAGUCAUAGAUCUGUGUCUAAAAGUAGAGACCCAGAAACGAAAGAAAAUGAUCCUGUUUCAAACUCACCUUUUUCAGAUGACAGAAAAUCACCAAAUAAUGAUGAGAGUGUUGCAAAAAAAUCAAGAUCAAAAAGUCCAAAAUCCAAAUCAAAGAAAAAGAAGAAAAAAUCUAGGUUUGAGAACAAAGGUGAUAAUGAAGAAGAGAAUAAACACUCAAGAGGUAAUACAAUGGAAAAAGAUAAUGACAUUCAUAAAGAAAGAUCAAAGGAUCCCGAAGAUCAAGAGAUGGGAUCAGAUGAGAGGAGGUAUUCAAGAAUGAAACCAGAGAGACACCACUCAAAGGAAAACUCUCAGAGAGAGGAAAAGAAGGAAGAUAAAAAGGAAAGAAAAGAAGGUAAACAAAGGGAUCACCAUAGCAGCAGGGAGAGGGACCGAGGAAUGGACACAAACAUGUCCUUUAAUGCACUGCACUUAGCAGACGACCACAAAUCCAGAGAUAGGGGUGAUAAAUAUAAAGAUAGAAGAGAUGAUCAAAGAUAUAAUCGAGAAAUUGAUCAAAAUGAUAGAGCUCAACGGAUGCACAUGCCAAGGGGGAGAUUUGAUACAAGUGGUGGAUUUCCAGUACAUAGUGGUAGAACUGGGGAAUUGUAUAGAGCUACAUAUAGUGAAGACCUCAGUCAGUUGAAUGAAAGAAGAGAUGAAUUUGCAUAUAGAGGAAGAGGGGGUUACAGAGAAUAUGUGGAAAAAGGGAACUACAGAGGACGGAAUUUUGACAAAAACUUUCGAGCCAGGGGUAGAUCACGUGGCUAUCAACACCGUGACUUUGACCAGAGACCUCCAGGUGAAAACUAUGAUAGGUUUAAUGAUCUUCACCAUCCAAGAUUACAUGCUCCUUUCAAUGAUAAUGACCAUCGAAGAUUUGAUGAAGACAAACAUAGAGAUUUUCACCAUUCACGAUUCAGGGAUGAGUACGACACAAGAAGACGAGAAAGAUUUCAUGACGACUUUCAAGAUGACGACUCCACUGGGAGUUUGGAAAGAGCUGUCCUCAAGGGUCAUAGAGAAAUGAUGGGUGCUGAUUACAUAACUGAUGAUAGUGCUGAAAUUGAUCUGGAUAACGUAGAGAAAAAACGGUCAAAAAAGAAACAUAAAACUAAACAUAAAAAAUCACAUUCUAGAGAUGCUGAUCAUGAUACAAAAAAUGACGUAGAACAAACCUCUAAUAAAUCAAAGAAAACCAAACAUAAAAAAUCUCACUCCAAAAAGGAAGAAUCCGAAGAAACUGAAACACCAGGAAGUAUGAGAAAACAGAAGAAAACAAAAAAUCAUUCUCGAAAUAAAAGCAACGAUAUUGACAUUGACGCUAUAAAUGAAUCAAUAGAAAAUGCUCUUAGUCAUAAAAAGUCCAAAAAGAAGCGGAAAAAAUCAGAGGAAUCAGUUAAGAAUAACCUUGAUGAUGUCAUGAAUAUGACAAUAGUGAUUGACAAUCCAGACUAUAAAUCGGACAACGAUAAACAAACAAGGCGCAAGAAUAAAGAGAAACAAAGAAGAACAGAAACUGAAAAUUCAGAAAGUGAUUAUAUUCAAAAACAAAUGGACAUCAUAGACUCUGAGUUAAGUGCAAUUUUAGAACCUUCCUCCAAAAAGAAACAUAAAUCAAUGAGUAAAUCAGGAGAUGGUGAAAGAAAUCCAAGUUCUGGUGAAUCUAUGAAAAAAAGGAAAAAAUCAUCUAAACAUAAACACAAAGAGGGCAUAAGUGUUUUCAAUGACACUGAAAAUAUUACUAAUGAGACCCUACCUACUCUUGAUAGAGACUCUACAGACUCUGAUUCAAUAGCUAUUAAACAUAGUAAAAAAGCGAAAAAAUCUCGGAGGAAAAACUCUGAGUGUAUUCCAAAUGAGUUUGAUUCAGAAAGGAAUAGUCCAGUUGAUCCACAAGUAGCCACAACAACUGAGAAAAGCAACCAAUCAUUGAUGAAAAAACACAAACACAAGAAAUCGAAACAUAAAAAAGACAAUGAAAUGGAAGAAUACACUGAAAGAGUAAUCAAUGUUGAAUCUCCAAGACAAUCCAAGAAACGGAAACAUGGGUCACCCAAAGUAAAUGAACCACCCAAAAUUAGAUCCAUUGUGAAACCCAUAAAAGACCAUGAUUCUGAUGACUCAUGGGACGCUGCGUCAUAUGCAAAUAAGGUGUAA